AUGACAGUCAACUAUGGUUUGGGAAUGGAUCUCUACGUGACAAAAAAGGCCAAACUGGGUCAGGACCCAUUGCGGGAAGACGCAGACCCUGAAUUGCUCUGGACUAAGGUGAAGAAAAGCAAAACGUCCAUUGGGGCAGUGAUAAUGGACCAGUCCUAUUUCACAGGACCUGGCAAUAUCUAUAGAGCCGAAAUUCUCUUCAAGGCGGGCGUCCACCCCGACAUUCCUGGUAUGGCUUUGCAACGAUCCAACUUUGAUCAAAUUUGGCAACACACGGUCACUCUACUACAGCGAGGAUACCAAACUGGGAGCAUCCUAACAGUGGAUCCAGAGGAGGCCAGACGUCUGGGGAAACCCAAAUUGAGACGUUACAUUUACAAUACCAGCCACUGUCCACGAUGCAAGUCACGAAUUCAAGUGUGGGAUAUUGCCGGUCGCACUUGUUACGCUUGUCCCACCUGCCAGCCCAAGCAAACAGCAAUAGAAGAUUCAAAGAAGCCCAGAGGCAAGCGCUCUACGAACAAAGAUUGCGAACCAUUCAACUCUCAUUGUGCCCGCGAGUCGGUCGAAACUAGACUAGAUGAGAGUGGCCCGGAGCGAUUGACAGUCAAAGAAAUCAAAACGCAGCUCCAUCACAUGGGCGUACGAGACGUUCCCACUGGCCGAAGGAAAGCUGCGCUGGUGAAGCUCCUGGUCGAACAUCGGAAAGCAAUAAAGGAACACCCUUCUCUAAAGAUUAUCACGCCCGCCGCAAUGCCAACUACUUCGGCGAAUGCUGUCAUCGUUUCGUCCGAAGCCGCUGCAGCAGAAAAAGCUUGUUCGCGUUUGGAUCGAUACAUAGACAGCCUGCAGGCUUAUAGCUAA